AUGAGUCAAGGGCAAGACCAUGAAGCAAACAUAGAUCCUAUCCAUCCUCCAACCUUCACACCCAUCAAUGGGCAGUUAUCUGGACCGCCAUUGGUUAUCUUAGAGGGACCGCCAUCGAGUGCAGCCACAUUCAUUCCAGCAGCACUGAUUCCAAAAAUUGGGAUGCCUCCAACAAUGAUGGCAGUUGUAGGAACAGGCAAGAUCACAACUAAAUACCACUAUGAUGAGCUUGAAGAGUGGUUAAAAGCCAUCAAAGGGACCCAUGUGUCCAAUUCUAUCAAUCCUACGGAUAUGUACUUAGUACCCAAGGUGGUGCUCCCACCAAAGUUUAAGGUGCCUAAGUUCGAAAAGUUUGAUGGAACUCAAUGCCCUCAUACCCACCUACGGUUAUAUUUCCAGACGAUGGUCGCAUACUUCGAUGAUGAAAAGCUGACGAUACACUAUUUUUGGAGCAAUUUGAUGGGAAUGGCGGUCAGGUGGUACAUCCACCUAGACAGACUAUGGAUCUACACGUGGGGAGAUUUGGCCACUGCCUUUGUAGCCCAAUAUCAACAUGUCAUGGAAAUGGCCCUAGAUUGGAUGACCCUGCUUGAAAUGGAGAAGAAGCCUGUCGAGACCUUCAGAGAGUACACCUACCAAUGGCGAGACAUGGCAGUCCAAGUUAACCCUCCAGUGGGUGACCGGGAAGCAAUUUACCCUUUUUUUAGUACCCUAAAAGACCCCUACCCAAGGUUAUUUGAGGGGAGCGACUCCCUAUGA